UACGUCAGCGACUGAUACCAACCUUCGACAAUUGUUUCCCGCUCACACCUCUGACCCUCUAUUCAAGAUCGUUGUACUUAGAUAACCUGUGGGACGGAUCGGUUACAAAUUGGGCGUCAAAGCCAAACCGACAAAACCGUAAUCGUCUACGAGCGACCUUAAGUGUACAUUAAGUGCGGUGUGUGUGUGGUAGCUUUGGCACGUGCAACUCAGGAGAAGUUCAAACGAGUUCAGUGGAACUAGUAUAGGACCAACACAGUAGUACAGUACAGUGACUGUAGGUAGAGCAGGGCGACAAAGGGAAGAAUGGACAACCCCCGACAGAGAAAGAAAGGAAGAAAGACCGUCGAUGGUACUAAGCAGAAGGGAAGCAGCUCUACGAAGUCAGUGGACGGGAAACAGCAAGCUCAGACAAGAUCACCUUGUGUGCAGUGCCUGCUCAUGUUCUGCGCGGUUGUCGGUGUGCUUACCGCGGUAAUACUGAUCCUCCCCUGCCCUGCGGACCCGCAGGAGUACAGCUUCCCCGACCCUCCCAAGCUUGAAGGACCACUCGCACCAAACACAGUUCUGAGUAGAACGGAGCGAUUUCUCGAAGGCAAGGUCAUGGGCCCAGAGUCUCUUGUGACAUACAAAGGUGACCUGUACACGGGCACGGCGGAUGGGAAGGUGCUGAGGAUACGUGGCGAGGAGGUGACACUUGUCGGCCGGACAGGCACGCCGCCUUGCGGCACCUACGAAACUGAGCCUACCUGUGGUCGCCCACUGGGCAUGCGCGUGGACAGCCUUGGUAACCUGUACAUAGCAGACGCGUACCUCGGACUGCUGAAAAUGAACAUCAGCACAGGAGAUCAUGAAACACUGAUCCCGAUGGACGUGGAAGUGGCCGGUCAUAAGAUGAUGUUUCCGAACGACCUGGCCAUAGACCGGGACGGAGUGAUCUACCUGAGCGACUCCAGCCUGACGUGGCAGCGCCGAGACGUCUUCAGUCUUGUGAUGGAGAUGAAGCCGGAUGGCAGAGUCCUGCGUUACGACACGAAGACCAAGCAGGUUCGGCAGAUCAUGGACGGUAUCAGUUUUUCUAACGGAGUGGAGCUGUCUCCGGACCAGUCGUACCUUGUGGUGGCCGAGACGUCCAAGGCUCGCAUCCUGAAACACCACCUCCGCGGAGAACAUGCCGGUAGAACCGAGGUUCUGACGGACAACCUUCCCGGCCUGCCCGACAACAUCCGCAGCAGCAGCCGCGGCGGGUACUGGGUAGCGCUGGCCGCCACCAGGGGGACCAAGGGGCCCAACCUAAUGGACGCUAUACAGGCCAGGGCAUGGCUGAAAAGGCUGAUCUUUAAGGUGUUACCCAUGCACUUGGUCCUCCUUGCUGCGCCGCAGUACGGGCUGAUACUUGAGAUAGACGAGACAGGGGCCAUCGUCGCCAGCUACCACGACCCUGAAGCAAAAGGCAUCGCCAGUGGCAGCGAAAUUCACGAGCACGAGGGACAUCUGUACAUAGGGUCUUACGUAGCAAAAUUCCUUGGUAGACUAGCCUUAGAAGAACUUGAUCGGCUAUAGUAGCUCCGGGAACGGAUGUAUUAUUUUUGAGUGCGUUUGUCUGUGUGUUUGUAUUUAUGUAUUUUUGAGCGCGUUCUGUCCUACUAGACGUUGAAAGUAACGUUACAUCAAAUUCUUUACAGACAGUUCAGUUCAUAGACUCAUCCGCGCCGUAACUUAACC